ACGCAGAUUUUCCAACAAUCACCGAAGAAAAGAACGUUCGCCGGAAUAAUUAGGGUUCCGGUACGUCGUUUCAGGAUCCGUUGUGACAGCUAAAAAUAGCAAAACAAAUCCGACAAUAAAAAUGACCACAGCUAAAAAGGUUCGUGAUACCCCGAUGGUUGAGAAGCGCAAAAACAGGCAACAAAUAUUGACACCGGAUACUAAUACAUGCGGACCAGCAAUGCGGACAAGGGGGGGUAGAAAAGUUAAGGAUGCACAUUGUGAGGAGAAGGUACGCAGGAGAAAGCUAAUAAUUUUACCAGAUAGUGACUUGGACACUCCGAUGGAAAACAUUGAGAAAAGAAAAAAAGGCGAGGGCGAUCAGGACAGGCCGGCAACACGUACAAGAGGAGCUCAGCGAUGGCGUGAAGAUAGCAAACCAAAGAAAAAUGUCAAAAGGAAACUAAUAACAGAUGGUGACUCACAGAUGAGUGCAGAUACAGCUCUACCAAAACAGGAUGCAAUUGCUGUUAAAAAAACAAAAAAAGUAAAACAUGAUCGGGUGGAAACCCGAAGUGGCAAACACGCAAAAACGACGCAUAAGUGGCCUAAACUAAAAACACGUUCGUCAUCUAUGCAGUUGUUCAAAUGCAUCAAGUCUCUAACGAGGAACCAACAAGAAGACGUUAAUAGGAUGGGUUUUGGAAAAAUGUUGUCAUUCAACAUCAGUGGGAUACCUCUAAAAAUUGCCCACUAUGUUGUGGACCACUUUAACCCACAAGAAAUGGCUAUUGAAUUGCCAUGUGGGUCAAUAGAUGUUGAUGUUCAGUCUGUCCAUGACCUUCUAGGGAUUCCUAAGAAGGGCAUAGACAUGCAAAAUGUACGAACAAAUUCAAAGCUUGAUGUUGCUGUUGAAGCAUGGAGAAAACGAUAUCGUAAACGAUUUGUGGCACCAACGAACCUGGCACGAUCUAUACUCACAAGUGAUGAAGCCAACAGUUUUCAUUUCCGACUGGACUUCCUGAUGUUAUUCUUAACCGUCAUGGUUGAGUGUAACAAAAAUGGGCGAAUGAAAGAGUGGAUUUUGAAAACUUUUACAGGAGACACGGAUUUUAGUAAAAUCAAUUGGUGUGCCUAUCUGAUCCAACAAAUCAAAUCAUGUAAAGAUGGCUGGAAGAGUUCUGAUCCUGAAUCUCCAUUUUCUGGACCACUCACACUUUUGGCUGCAUACAACAUUUGUUUUGUUAUCUUACCGCUUGUUUUUUUUUUCGCCGUUACACAGUUACUAUAUGUCGACAGAGUUAAAUGCACAGGAUUUCCAGUUGACCGGACAAUAUACCCAAUCGUAUUCUGGAGCAAAUACGAACUGAAAAAAAGAGAACGGUUUGAGAUAAAAAGAGGUGGCUUUGGUGGAGAGGAUUUGCAUGAAGUUGGUGUGGUUAGACGGGAUCCAAGGAAAACAGAGUUACAUGCUAAUGAUGAAGUUCUGAGUAAUGAGAUUGCAUUGAUAGAAAAACAUUUGGACGUGAUGGAGGCGAAAAGAGUUACGGUGCAAAAAAAAUUGGAAGUAGUGUUCAAUGCUCAUCCAGACAAUGAGCAAGUUAAAAAAUUGAUACAACGCUUUGAGAAAAUUGUACACUCAAAAAAAACAAGGGUAUCGCUGUGGCCUGAUUCCCCAAGGGAAAAAAUUGCUGGGGUGCUCAUGUCUCUUAACAAGACAGUCCAAAACCCAGAUAAUGAUUACACGGAAGACCCUGUAGAUGAUGUGCCAAACGCGGCUGCAGUGGCAAAGAUCAAUGGUAUGACCUUUUUUACAAAAAAUAUUUAUCUUUUUUUUAUUUUGCAAAUAAUCGUUUACACAAAAAAAGUAUUCAUAUGUAUUUGUAGCUAAAAAAAAUAGAGUUCG